AUGUUUAAAUUCAAUCGCUUAGCUUGGGAUCCAUUCAUAGAGGACUACAACUUGAGCUUCUUUGUGACCAAGAUGCUGCAGUUUCCAAUGCUAUCGCAGGCUGUGCUGGCGCCCAACGAGCAACUGAUGGGCUAUCUAUUGGGCGAGUCCGAUAAAGCGGCAGCUGGCGAUCAUCAACUGUAUGGCCAUGUAUCUGUAUUGGCUGUGGACAGUGAGUAUCGACGCUUGGGUGUGGGCAGCAAGCUGCUAGAGCGAUUCCAUCAGCUCAUGGAGCAGCAGCAAAAAUGGUAUGUGAGCUUGUAUGUGCGUAUGAAUAACCGGAGUGCCAUGAGACUCUAUGAAUCCUUGGGCUAUGUCAAGUAUAGUUGGCUACCCAAUUUCUAUCCAGAUGAUCAUGGCUAUAGUCUGCGCCUUCCACUAGCCACGGAUGUGGCUGGCAAGACGCUGCAAGGACAGCAAUUUAUAAUUAAGUUUUAUUUUAUUAUUAUGCAUGUAAUGUUGCUUAUACGUGCCGUGCUCAAGUUUGUUUUGCGCCAUUAA